AUGGCAUCUGCGCCAGAAAUGAAAGUCGUCAACAUUGGCACGCGGCGAUCGCAACUCGCCAUCGCUCAAGUCGACAUGAUUGUCAAGCAUCUUCAAACCUUCGCGCCAGGUCCUGAAUACAAAUCACAGGUGGUCAGUACAAUGGCCGACGAGAAUCAAGUCAAAUCGUUCCAAGAUUUCAACGCAAAAAGCAUCUGGACCGAGGAGUUGGAGAAAUUGUUGAUGGAGAAGAAACUUGAUGUCAUCGUUCAUUGCUUGANNAAGGUAGGUAAACAGACGGCGGGGGCAUCCUCAGACCAUUUUUCAGUGAGUGUUAGGAUUUUGAUUUUUGCUUUCACAGAUGUACCGACAACAUUGCCUGAAUCUUGCAUACUGGGUAUCAUCUGCGAACGCGAAGACCCUCGUGACGUGAUGGUGAUGAAGGGAGAUUCGACCUACAAAUCCCUACAAUCACUUCCUUCUGGCUCUGUCGUUGGCACCUCUUCCGUGCGCAGAAAGGCUCAGAUCAUGCGACACUAUCCUCAUCUGAUCUGUGAGGACGUCCGAGGCAAUCUCAAUACUAGAUUACGGAAAUUAGAUGCCGAGGACAGUCCUUAUGCGUGUUUGAUCCUCGCUGCUGCGGGCUUGAAGCGCAUCGAUCUUGGUUACCGCAUCACACAGUAUCUGGGCCCGGAAGAUGGUAUGCUGUAUGCUCCUGGUCAAGGUGCAUUGGCAUUGGAAGUGAGAGAAGGCGACGAGCAGACGCUUCAACUACUGAGCUCGUUAUCUCAUCAAACAACGACCCUGGCGUGUCUUGCUGAGAAGAGCCUCCUGAAGACUUUGGAGGGAGGUUGCAGUGCACCAGUCGGUGUGCACACUGAUUGGCAAGAUGGUGUGUUGAUCCUGCAUUCUACUGUUACCAGCCUGGACGGCAAGCAGAUGGUAGAGAUGAGCAUGAAGCAUAUAGUCAAAACAACGACCGAAGCUGAAGCCCUUGGAAAGGCAUUGGCGGACAAGAUGAUUGCGGAAGGCGCAAACAUAAUUUUGGAGGAAAUCAGAGCUGGUCUCAGAUGA